AUGACGAAUAUCAUGGGACCAUCCGAGCACUCGUUCGACACCUUGUCUGAGAAAGGACCCGAGACGAGCACCCUACUCCCUCAACCGACGACCUCGCGCGACUCUCCGCCAGCGACCUUAUCGUCGCGCCUGAAACCGUUGCUGUGCAUCCUACUCGUGCUCGUCGUCACCAAGCAUCAGCUCGCUCCCUCGACUCCGAGUACGGCCGUAUCUAGCUUAGACCUCUGCCCUCAAUACCCAGCCCUAGCGCCGCCCCCGCAUGCAGCCGAUGCCAACAUCGAUCUGAUCCGUUCACCGGCCUAUCUGAGACGAAGCGUUGAGCUGCUCAGUGGGUUGGUGCAAAUCCCGUCAGUUUGAGGAUCGGUCUACUCUGAUCAGCUUGAUAGUGACUGAUUUACCCUAUCCUCGAUCCUCGUCUGCAGAACCCCUUCGUUCGAUGACAACGGACCGGUGACGGGACCCGAUCGAGAUCCCCGUUGGGACCAGUUCCCCAUCUUCUCCGCUCAACUCGAAAAGAGCUUUCCGUUACUGUGAGUGGUUGAUUCGAUAGUAGGAACUCUGUACACUGGGCGGAUCACUCACCGAUGGCCCGCUUCGGUACUCUCGCCCCGCCGAACGCUCAACGCUGCAGUCACGCCAAGCUCGAGCUCAGUCACGUGAACGAGCAUGGACUGCUCUUCACCUGGCCUGGAACGGACGCUUCACUCAAGCCUUCGAUGCUGAUCGCACACCAGGAUGUCGUACCCGUCGACCCUUCAACCAAGAACCAGUGGACCUUCCCUCCGUUCUCGGGUCACUACGACGAAAAUUCGAACAGCGUGUGGGGGCGGGGCUCCGUCGAUUGCAAGGAUGUGCUCAGUGGGAUCUUGGAAGCGGUCGAGUUGCUCGUGGAGAAGAACUGGACACCGAGGAGAACGGUGGUAUUGGCCUUCGGCUUCGAUGAAGAGUCUAAAGGCAUCGAUGUGAGUACAAAUUGAUCAAUUUUGGAUUCGGCAACGCCCCACAUCCUCAGCUGAUGCGCAGCGUGACUUGAAAUUUCAACCAUAGGGCGCUGGUCAAUUGUUCAAAGAGGUCAAGAGACGGUAUGGCGAGGACGGUAUUGCGUUCCUCUUGGACGAAGGCGGUCUCGGCGUCAGUGCAGAUUUCCUCGGGCGACCGAUGGCGCUGCCCGGCACGGGCGAGAAAGGCUACAUGAAUUUGACCAUGACCCUACAUACACCCGGUGGUCACUCGAGCAUCCCACCUCCGCAUACUGGGAUCGGUAUCAUGUCAAGCCUGAUUCACAACCUCGAAUCGACCCAAUUCGAGCCGCGACUUUCUUCGACUUCGCCCAUCUUCAACCUGUUGCAAUGCGCCGCCGCCCACGGCAAGCUCGACCAGUCGCUCAAAUCGGCCGUGCUGGACGGCUCACAGAAGGGGAAGAAGGGAGAGAAAGGCCGGAAACGUUUGGCCAACCUGUAUGCCGCUCAAGGUCGCGAGUCGAGGUACCUCGUUACGACGAGUCAAGCUGUCGACGUCAUCUCGGGUGGGAUCAAGGUCAACGCUUUGCCAGAGACGGUCACUGCGGUGAUCAACUACCGUAUCUCGGUCGACGAGUCGGUUCCAUUCGUCAAAGAUCGCGUUCUCAAACAUGUAGGACGGCUUGCCAAGGUCCACAAUCUCGACGUCGAGGCGUUCGGAUCGACGUGGCGCAACGCGUCCUCCUCCUCGUCGAUUGCAAAAGGUGGUCUCUUGCGACUAUCGACGGGCAUAGCCGAGAUCGCCCCUGCUCCCAACUCGCCGAUCGAUGCGCCGAGCUGGAAGGUCCUGGCUCAAUCGAUCCGACGGACCUUCAAGGACAAGUACCCCGACCUGGUCAUCUCGCCUGCGAUGGACACGGGCAACACCGACAGCAGCUUCUACCUUGGGCUGACGCGCAACGUCUAUCGCUUCGGCCCGACCGAUCCGAGUGCGAACGAGAGGAUCCACACCGUGGAUGAACAUGUCAAUAUGGAUGAUCAUCUUAACGGGGUCGUGUUUUACCACGAGUUGUUGCGUAAUGCGGAUGCUGCGGACAUGUGA